GCUGCCGGCGGAAGCGGCGCCGCCAUGGAGGAGGACGAGCCGGAGCUGGAGGCCGGGCUGGAGGCGGCGCUGGAGCUGGCGCCCGCCGUGCAGGCCGCCAUCGAGCAGGUAUUUCCCAGCCAAGAUCCACUGGACAGAGCAGAUUUCAAUGCUGUGGAGUAUAUUAAUGCUCUCUUUCCCACUGAGCAAUCUUUGGCAAACAUUGAUGAAGUUGUGAACAAGAUCAGACUGAAAAUAAGGAGGUUGGAUGACAACAUCCGAACUGUGGUGAGGGGACAGACCAACGUGGGACAGGAUGGCAGGCAGGCCCUGGAAGAAGCCCAGAAAGCCAUUCAACAGCUCUUUGGUAAAAUUAAGGAUAUUAAAGACAAGGCUGAAAAAUCUGAACAAAUGGUGAAGGAAAUCACCAGGGAUAUCAAGCAGCUGGACCAUGCCAAGCGUCACCUGACCACCUCCAUCACCACCCUCAACCACCUCCACAUGCUGGCAGGGGGGGUGGAUUCUCUGGAGGCUAUGACCAGGAGGAGACAAUAUGGGGAAGUUGCCAACCUUCUCCAAGGUGUGGUGAAUGUGUUGGAGCACUUCAACAAAUACAUGGGGAUCCCUCAGAUUCGACAGCUCUCUGAAAGGGUGAAGGCAGCACAGAACGAGUUGGGGCAGCAGAUCCUGGCUGACUUCGAGGAAGCCUUUCCUUCCCAAGGUACAAAGAGGACUGGUGGGCCCAGCAAUGUCCUACGUGAUGCCUGCCUGGUAGCCAACGUCCUGGAUCCCAGGAUCAAACAGGAAAUCAUCAAGAAAUUCAUUAAACAACACCUCUCAGAGUAUCUGGUCCUUUUCCAGGAAAAUCAAGAUGUGGCCUGGCUGGACAAGAUUGACCGGCGCUACGCCUGGAUCAAGAGGCAGCUGGUGGAUUACGAGGAGAAGUACGGGCGCAUGUUCCCCGCCGAGUGGUGCAUGACGGAGCGCAUCGCCGUGGAGUUCUGCCACGUCACCAGGGCAGAGCUCUCCAAGAUCAUGCGCACCAGGGCGAAGGAGAUUGAGGUGAAAUUGCUUUUGUUUGCAAUUCAGAGGACAACCAACUUUGAGGGGCUCCUGGCCAAGCGUUUCUCAGGCUGCACUCUUGCUGAUGGCACAGUGCAGAAGAAGCCAGAAGUGCCACCUCCCUCCAGCAACCCCUUUCUGGAGGAUGAAAGUGGGGCAGAGGCAGAUGAGAUUGUGAUGGAGAAAAGUGAUACAGACAAACCAAAGAAGCCAAAGGUCCCUGACAAUCCUUUCCAUGGCAUUGUUUCCAAGUGCUUUGAGCCUCACCUUUAUGUGUACAUUGAGUCCCAGGACAAGAAUCUGGGAGAGCUGAUUGACAGGUUUGUGGCUGACUUCAAGGCUCAGGGUCCCCCCAAGCCCAACGUGGAUGAAGGAGGAGCUGUGCUGCCCAGCUGUGCUGACCUCUUUGUGUACUACAAGAAGUGCAUGGUGCAGUGCUCCCAGCUCAGCACUGGGGAGCCCAUGAUAGCCCUGACCACCAUCUUCCAGAAAUACCUGCGGGAAUACGCCUGGAAAAUCCUCUCUGGAAACCUGCCCAAGACAACCAGCAGCAGUGGUGGGCUCACCAUCACAAGUUUGCUGAAAGAAAAGGAAGGCUCUGAAGUGGCAAAGUUUACUUUAGAAGAACUCUGCCUCAUUUGCAGCAUCCUGAGUACUGCAGAAUAUUGCCUGGCCACCACCCAGCAGUUGGAAGAGAAGCUCAAAGAAAAAGUGGAUACAAGCCUAAUGGAGAGAAUCAACCUGACAGGAGAGAUGGACACUUUCAGCAUUGUGAUCUCCAACAGCAUCCAGCUGUUAGUGCAGGACCUGGAUGCAGCCUGUGACCCUGCCCUGACUGCCAUGAGCAAGAUGCAGUGGCAGAACGUGGAACACGUUGGUGACCAGAGUCCUUAUGUCACCUCAGUGAUCCUCCACAUCAAACAGAAUGUCCCCAUCAUCCGUGACAACCUGGCCUCCACCAGGAAGUAUUUCACUCAGUUCUGCAUAAAAUUUGCAAACUCCUUCAUUCCCAAGUUCAUUAACCAUCUCUUCAAGUGCAAACCUAUCAGCAUGGUGGGUGCAGAACAGCUGCUGCUGGACACUCACUCCCUGAAGAUGGUUCUCCUGGAUCUGCCCUCCAUUGGGUCCCAAGUGGUGAGGAAGGCUCCUGCCAGCUACACAAAGAUAGUGGUGAAAGGCAUGACUCGGGCUGAAAUGAUCCUGAAGGUGGUGAUGGCUCCACACGAGCCUCCAGUUGUGUUUGUGGACAAUUACAUCAAGCUUCUGGCUGACUGCAGCACUGACACAUUCCAGAAGAUCCUCGACAUGAAGGGCCUGAAGAGGAGCGAGCAGAGCAGCAUGUUGGAUCUUUUCCGCCUGCGCCUCCCCGCUCCUCCCCCCGGCGGCGACGGCUCCGGCUCCCUCUCGCUGAGCGCUCCCACGCCCGAGCAGGAAUCCUCCCGCAUCCGCAAACUGGAGAAACUCAUCAAGAAGAGACUCUGAGGGAGCACGGGGGAGCUCUGUGCCUCGGGGCUGGUGGCAGGGACGGGGAGCAGAGCUCGGCAGGUUGUGUUUGCAGCGUGCUGCUGGAACAGCCCUGUGCUGUCCCUCCCUGUCCCUGCGACCUCUCGGCCGUCGCACGCUGCGACCAGACCAAGGAAGAAUCUGACCAAGGUGUUUGCCCUUAGCUUAGCAGGAGUGAAACCCAGGACAUUGCCAGGACCAUGUGACAGAGAAAAUAGAGGCACCUGGAAGCCAGCAGCUACAGAAACAAUUCAAGUGGAUUCACAGUCUGCCUGGCUGUGAUGCACUUGGUGUCGCAGCUUUUACCCUGGCUGAGCUCCUGCUGCAGCACUGAGGGUUUUGCCUCAGUUCUGUGUUACUGCUCACUCCCUGCUGCAGAGCUGUUCCUCUAAUUCAUUAUUUAUUGUGGGGUUGGGGGGAACCAACCCCAUCACCACCACCAAACCCCUGACCCUUUAACAGCUGAGGUCCAGGCACCUGCAGCUCCGCUGGAUCAGUGAGAUGCCCAGGAGGGAACCCCAAGGCAGACUUCUCCCCUGCUCCCAGACAGGCAUGCACAAAGCACCAUGAAACAGCAAGGCAAAUCCUUUUCAGAACAGGAGGAAAGGGCUGAAUUAAUGCCUUCUGCACCCUAGCAAAGCUCCUGGCAGCUGUGGAGCCCUCUCCAGCUGCUUGGUACUUCCCUGGUGUGUGCUGGGCUCACCCUCUGUCCCCAGUGGGAGUUCCCAUCCUUCCUGGGAGAUCUCUCCCUCUCCAGCUGAAGUGUCCUGAGCAGGGAUGUGCCACCUUGGCACCUCUGCUGCCCUACAAGGAGAGAUGCUGGAAAUGUUGGCUCUGUCAGGGAGCCAGGGCCACUUGGUGGCAUGGGAGGCUUUCAGCAGCCUCAGGCUUCAAGGCCCUCCUCCUACUCCUGCUCCUCUGAGCCUCAGCUUGCAGCAGUGCAGAGGGGAGGAGAACCAGCAGUGAAAUAUUUUGGAUAACCCAGGCCCCUCUUCCCAUGGCCCAGCUCCUGGCUCCCAGGCACAGAGCCAGCGUGGAGCAGGGUUGGGAUCAGUAGAUGCUUCCCCAAGGAGUCUCCAUGCACGGAGGCCUCACCUCUUUAUUAGCACUGCUGGAUUUCUUCCCAAACUCCUCUGGACCCUUUCUGGGAGACCUUGAAGGCAUAUGCCCAACCAUGAGUGCAUCCCACAUGGGAGUAGGGCAGGUCAACCAGUCGUGCCUGUGUUAUUUAACUCAAGCUUCACUUGCAUGUGCAGGAAAGGGAAGUGCUGUACCAGUGUGGCAGGUGAGGAACAACCAGGCUGUCAGAUGCCUUCCUGGGGGGGUUGUGCUCCCCACCAGGGCAAGUUUGGGCCUUAGGACUGUAUUUAUUUAGGGGCUGUACUCACAGGGAUUGUAAAAAUCACUGCUGCACAUCAGGGAGGGGAGAUCAGGCUCCAGGAACAUGAGCUCCAUCCAGAGCUGCACCGAGAUGGGGAGUGAAGAGCAGCAAUAACAACACCUGUAGGGAGGGACAGCAGUUUCUCAUCACUCCAGUUUUACAAAUCUGCUGUUGCCUCAUUUGCUUCCUCUCCUGAUUGCCUGUUAGGUGACAGAAGAAGGGAUGGUUGGAAGCACAUUGGGAUUCUGAGCAGCCAUUCCCCAAGGACAGAUUAUCUCAAGGUGCAUGUGCAGGAUGGCUCACACUGCAGAGCUGGAGAGGAGGGAACAGGGGUGUGCAGAGAUUCAUUAUUCCCAUGAGGGGAUGAAUAAUUUAUUUUAGAUGAAUUUUUCUUUGCUUUGUCUAAGGCUAAGUCUCACACUAAAUUAUGAAUAGCUGAAGACGAUGUUGAAGUUAUCAUUGUGUGUCUUACCCAGAGGCUUCCCCCAUUUCAUUCUCUGCAUUUCAUUCUGUAGAUAAGAGGAAAUAAAAGGAGAAAUGAAUUUUUAGUUCCAGCCUUUGAAGACUGCUGCAGGGCUGAGUGUUUGGAGUUCCACUUUCAGAGAGCAAAUCCACAGUUUCCUACUUCUGGUGUAAGAGUUUUGUGCCCCUGGCUCUUGGGUGUUUAUUAGAUUUGGCAAGUCUCUAUUUGUGCAUUAGCUCUUUGGAGUUUACAGCUUUGGGGAAUAAAGGAUGAUUAUGUGUUUUCUGUACAAAAUGCCACUUUUUAUGGUUUCAGGCCGGGGUGUAAUUCUGGCUGUACGUGGGGUGUGACACUAACGUGAAUUAAAUGGUUACUGAUGCUCA